AUUCCAAUUCAGAUGUGGACGCGACUCACUAGAGUGGAAGAUGUUUUCACAUAGUGUAACGUGGUGUGUUUUUUCGCUAUUUUAACCGACUUUCCGUGGCCUUUAAGCAAGAUGAUGGAAGAAGAGGACUCGUAUGGCUUUGAGCAAACUCUGAUGUAUGGUCGUUUUACGACCACACAACUUCAGAAAUAUGCUAAAGAACAAGGUGCACGGCUACGAAGAGAACAGCAGCAAAGGAGAGGAGAACAACAAGAAGCAGACGAUGACUUUAGAACUUAUGACAGUUCGUGGCUUGGAUCAGUGAAAAGGUUUGUUGAGAGGUUGCGACCUUGCUGGAGUCGUUUGGGAAGUGACUGGGUGUUUCUUCUGGUCCUUGGAAUUGUCAUGGCACUAAUAAGCUUUGUGUUGGACUUAGCCAUUGAUAAGUGCCAGACAGCUCAUAUUUGGCUUUACAAUUUACCAAACAACACCUUCCUUCAGUAUAUUGUGUGGACAUCUUUUCCACUAUGCCUUGUUACCUUUUCUGUCGGAUUUACUCAUCUAGUUUCUCCUCAUGCCAUAGGUUCAGGCAUUCCUGAGAUGAAGGUUAUUUUAAGGGGAACAGUUUUGAAACGUUACUUGUCACUAAGAACAUUGAUUGCAAAAGUGGUUGGUCUUCUUACUGCUCUUGGAAGUAGUAUUCCCAUUGGAAAAGAAGGUCCUUUUGUACACAUAGCAAGUAUGGUGGCACGAUCUAUGGGAAAAUUUGUGGCAUCAUUUAAAGGCAUAUACACGAAUGAGUCCAGAAAUACAGAGAUGUUAGCGGCAGCUUGUGCUGUUGGUGUUUCAAGCUGUUUUGGUUCUCCCAUUGGAGGGGUACUAUUCAGUAUUGAGGUUACUGCUACUUACUUUGCUGUUCGAAAUUAUUGGCGUGGUUUUUUUGCUGCUGUCUGUGGAGCUCUUAUGUUCCGUCUACUAGCUGUAUUUGAUAAAGAAGAAGAAACUGUCACUGCUCUCUUCAAGACUAAUUUUAGGCUGGACUUUCCAUUUGAUGUGGAAGAGUUCAUUGCAUUUGCAUCAAUAGGGUUGUUUUGUGGCUUUGGAGGAGCUUUGUUUGUCUUCACACACAGAAAACUUGUCGACCUUCACAGAACUCACAAACACACCAAGGUGGCAAAAUUUCUUGCUAGAAACCGCUUUGUAUAUCCAGCAGUUGUUGUCUUUAUCAUUGCAACAAUCACUUUUCCCAAAGGACUUGGACAAUUCAUGGCUGGAGAGCUGACUCAAAAGCAAGCAAUAGAUGAACUCUUCAUAAACAUCACAUGGUCUGAAGCACGAGAUUCUGAUGAUCAAGCUAGUCUAAAUGUCUUAAAGCACUGGGAUGGAGCCAACACUAAUAUCUAUGUCACCUUGGUUAUAUUUAUUGUCCUGAAGUUCAUUAUGACAGCUGUAUCAGUUACAAUGCCCUUUCCUGCUGGCGUCUUCUUUCCUGUAUUUUUAAUAGGUGCAGCAUUUGGCCGGCUUGUGGGAGAAGCCAUGGCGACAUGGUUUCCUAAUGGUGUGAACUCUGGGGAUGCAGUUUCACCUGUGGUUCCAGGGGGAUAUGCUGUUGUUGGAGCAGCAGCUAUGUCAGCAGCCGUUACCCACACAAUAUCUACAUCUGUGAUUGUGUUUGAACUCACAGGACAAAUCACCCAUAUCCUUCCUGUUAUGAUUGCUGUUUUGAUUGCUAAUGCUAUUGCACAGUGGUUACAGCCAUCGUUUUAUGACAGCAUUAUUCAAAUCAAGAGGUUGCCAUACCUGCCUGACUUGACAAAAACUCAGGUGUACAACUUACUUGUUGCUGACAUAAUGAAGACCAAUCUUUUUUACAUCUCCUUUCAUUCAAAAUAUGCUGACCUCAAAGAAUUACUGGAUAAGUCACAUCACCGCUCUUAUCCAUUAGUGGAUUCAGAAGAUUCAAUGAUCCUUCUUGGCUCCAUUCAGCGACCUCAGCUGCAAUCUCUUUUAAAUCUGCACAUGCAAAAACUAUACCAGUCCAGCAGUAAUGCAGAGAGUGAAGAUGCAUUAUGUGCAAGGCCAGAAACACCAGAUCCUCCACAGUUACAAUCUGAUGAUCAGAGCCGCAAUACCCAACCAUCAGCAGCUCAACUGGAGGUGGCAGCUGAAAUAACGUUAAAAAGACAGGAUAGUCAACCUCAAAAAUCAUCAACUGGAAAGUCUUUGCUGGAGAAAAUUCCAGUUCCUACAAGACUCCACAAACUCUUCGGUAGUGGGUCAGCUCUUAAUGAAGCUGAGAAAACCUCAGAUGCACCUGAUAAAGACAGUCCAACUGUGGAUCAGCAACUUCAGUGGGAAAAAGAACUCUUGCAGAGACCUAUUGACUACAGUAACUGUCAGAUUGAUCCAGCCCCUUUUCAGUUAGUUGAAAGGACGUCGCUGUUAAAGGUUCACAAGCUUUUCGCGCUACUUAACUUAUCGCAUGCCUAUGUGACCACUUUGGGACGACUGGUGGGCGUGGUCGCUCUGAAGGAGGUUCGCCAGGCAAUCGAGGGUGAACGCUUCUUGGAUACUUCACACGUAGACGCAGAAGGCGAGGGUCGCAGCGGCAGUUUUACGUCUGCACGUGCUCGGGAUACCAUGCUGAAAGGGUGUCCGGAACCCAGGGUCACUACUGGAGAGACAGAUCCUACGCUGUAGAAAAUUGAAAUGUUCUUACCGCUAAUUCCAACUCAGCUUCCCUGAAGCUUACGCCUUUUUUUUAUCAACGGAAUGUCCGACAAACGCUAGUUACGGCUCUGACUUCGGCUCCGAUCCUACUCCGUCGCUUUAGAAAUCUGGCCUUGAAGAGAAAAGUAUCAAGGAGUUCAGUAUUCAGUGGGCUUCGUUGCAAUUCAAAUUUGGUGGAAAAAAUAUGAAGUUUUUUAACGGAAAUCUCUUAACAAUCGUUGAUGGCGUUUUCAAAAAGAUAAUUAUUAAGAAGAAACCCAAAAGGAUGUAGAAUUUCUUCGUAUUUUAUUCCAUUAUUUUUUGAGAUGCAUGAACCGUUCCGUUGGUCGUUGAAGCCCGCCAAGGUAAGCAUGCAGAACAUGCGCCAAUUUUUAUUGUGUUUUUCAGACGAGCGCGAAAGGGAAGUCGUGCGCGAGUUCGGAGUAUCUAUUUGUCUCGCGCGUUACUCGUUCUUUAUGUUCGACUCGCGCGUGCCGCCUUUCGCUUGAAAAAUAAAGUUUGUUCUGCGGGCUUGCCGAAUUGGUUAAUUGGUUGUUGUAAAAUACUGUUUAGACUUGUAUUUGACAGCCUGUCCUCCGUAUGUCAUAUGCUAUAUCUUUUUUUGAUCCCACAAGAAGUUUUUUUUUCGUAUUUAUCGAUUAGACAUUGCUUUUUAUACGUACCGACCAGAGAAUAUUAUGAUUAUAGAAAAUUAUCAUACUUCCCCAAUAAUACGAUAGAAAUGAGUAGUCUCAUAUCGAACGAACAUGAGCGGAUUACUAUUAUUAUUAUUACCGUUAUCAAAACAAGUGUAAAAGAAUUAUAUUUUAUUUUGUCAAAAUUAGCCAUUUAAUGAGGUGUAUGAUUAUUUGGUGAGGUCGAAAGUGCUUAUUUUUUAGGCAUUGAUCAUGUUUCUUUUUUCAAGAAACUCUUCUUCGGACUUUCAUAU